AUGAUUAUGGAUGUGCAGCUCACCAUUGUCACCAAUUUGCUGGGCGUGUCUCUUUUCUUGCUCCUCAUUCUCUAUCAAUACAUGGCAGUCGACAAGCCCAAGAAGUAG